UACUCUGUGAGCUCAUGGCUCGGUUUGAAACACGGAACUAGACGUUUAUAGCUAUUGGGUAGGGUAUGUCGUGAUCAGUACAGCGCAAAUCUCUACAGUCACUCAGACUUGGACAGUCCUUGGAUAGGUCAGGCGCUGGUGUCAGAUACUUUAAUUGAGUUCGGGGGAGUUUACCUGGUCCAUUCCCUUUUUUAUAGCCUGCCUGUUGAUUUCUAUCGGGACUAAUCAUGUUGUCACUGGGGACGCUGCGUAAACGCAUCGAGCCGGUGGUUUUAUGUGCCCAAAUGGCCAGCGCGUUUUUCGACACCAGCUUGCAGAUGGUGGUCAAGGAGCGAUGCGCCAACGCGACGGAUGCGCUCUAUCCCACCCCCACGGAAGACAGCCGGCAGAAAGCUAUGUCCAACUUCUACAUGAUAUAUAAUAUGCUGGCCAAGUUCGUUCCGAUCCUACCCGCUAUUCUUUUAGCUAAGGUAGGGGACCUGGGGUACCGGAAGAUCCCCAUAGUGAUCCCUCUGGUGGGUUACCUGGUCUCCAGAGUGAUCCUACUCCUGGUCAUAGUGAUGGAGCUCCCGAUAGAAGCUAUGUUCGGCGGGGUCGUGGUCCACGGACUCAGCGGCGGGUUCUGCUCCUACUGGGCCGGAGUCAUGGCCCUGGUGUCGCUCACCUCCACCGAGAAGGACCGCUCUCUCCACAUGAUGCACAUCGAGCUGGUCUACGGAGUAGCCGGUCUCAUCGGUAGCCUAGCGUCUGGGCACCUCUUCCAGUUAUACAAUGUGGACUUUAAACAAGGGACUGUGUUAGUGAGCCUGAGCGUCUUCCUCUACUUGGUGUGUCUUAUCUACACAACGUUCGUUGUCCAAAUGCCAAGCGUCUCGACACGCGUGCAAGAGCGCAACGAGACCAGUGGCAUCAUCACUGAGCAAUAUUCCAGGAAUAUUUUGAACAUUCUGCUUCUCUUCGCGAGCGGUAUCUUAUAUGACGUGGCGGUCGGAGGUGGGAUGGAGAUACUGGUGACCUUUGAGAUGAAGGAGCCCCUGAACUGGAGUGCUACACAGGUGGGUUACGGUAACGCCGCCGGGUUCACGAUCUUCCUGACGAGCUUCCUGGGUGUCAUGGCAAUGUCCAGGUGGGUGAGUGAUGUCACCCUCAUCAUCAUCGGCAUGGUGUCCUUCGCUGCCGGGAUCUACUUCAUGGCCUUCGUCACGGCAACAUACAUGUUCUAUCUGGCUCGAGCCCUCAGUCUGUUCUCUCUGAUUCCCAUGCCGACCAUCCGUGCUCUGCUGUCGAAACAGGUGAAAGGCUCAUCGUAUGGGAUCACCCUCAUCUCACUGCAGCUGUCCUUCAAGAUCGCCAGCCUGGUCUAUACCCCCGUCUACACCAAGGUUUACCAGGCUACGCUGGACUGGUUCCCUGGGUUCGUCUUCACCCUGUCCAGCAUCAUCACCGUCCUGGCCACCAUACCUGUCAGCAUGGUGGGCUGCAGAGCUGGCCGGGGUGACGGUUAUGAGAGGAUCCCGGGGAACUGACAGUGGUGAUGAUCUAAUUGUGAGCGUGACGGCUUUGAGAUUGAGACAUGUUAAUGUCAUUGUACAGCCAUCACAGGCCCUCUUGUCUCUGUGACACUUGAGCCGACAUCACCGCAGCACUUACCAUGAAUGCAAUCUCUGCAAACGCCUUGUUGGUAGUGCAGUGCGCAACGCUGCAACGCGUCUUUGAAUGAAUCCCAGGCCUGAGGCCAAUGAACAUGACCAUCUGACUGGCAGGGCUGAUACAGAGUACUAUUGAAAACAUUCUCUAUAGCCCUCAAACUCUGGACCUCCAAGGCAGUUCCACUGCGUUUUUUCAUUGUUCCCCCUCACUGUGAAAGAACUCAGGUUAACCAGAGCUGAACUAACUUGAAAUACUUGACUGUCACUUUUUAAUACAUUAUUUUUGCAUUUUAACUAUUGUGUUCUUUAUUGUGUAUAUCAAAAGCACUUGAGUGAACAGAUUAAAUAUUUUCUUUUUUUUUAUUUGUCCAAAAUCUAAAAUCAUUUGAGGUAAAGAUAUUUGCAUCAAAACAACAUCCAUAUACAGGCUAAUGUACAUAUUAUGAUUCAAUAGUAAACAAUGCACACUGAAAAGGAGGACAGCAGAGAGAGAGAGCAACAGGAGGACAGCAGAGACAGAGCAACAGGAGGACAGUAGAGAGAGAGCAA